CUCUUGUUUUCGGCUAAUAUUGUUAUUUGUUACGUGAUGGAAGCUGCCAAGGAGAAGAUACUGAACAUCUCUGCAACCGCCAAGUCCGGCAUGGAUAAGACCAAAGCCGCCGCUGCAGAAAAGGUGGAGAAAAUGAAGACAAGUGAUCCACUCCAAAAGGAAUUGGCGGAGCAGAGGAAGGAAGAGAAGAUACAUCAAGCUGAGCUUGAGAAGCAACAGGCUUAUAAGGCCAAUGCUAUAAGAACGGGGGAAGCACACCACACAGGAGUCGGACAUCAAACUGGCUUGGCUAGUGGCUUGGCCGGGUACCACACAGGAGUCGGACAUGAAGGCCAAGGAGUUGGGCACCAAACCGGCUUGGACGGGCAGCAAACAGGGGUCGGACAUCAAACUGGCUUGGCUAGUGGCUUGGCCGGGCACCACACAGGAGUCGGACAUGAAGGCCAAACCGGCUUGGGUGGGCAGCACACAGGAGCCGGACAUCAGACUGGCUUGGCUAGUGGCUUGACCGGGCACCACACAGGAGUCGGACAUGAAGCCCAAGGAGUUGGGCACCAAACCGGCUUGGGUGGGCAUCACACAGGAGUCGGACAUCAGACUGGCUUGGCUCCUGGCUUGACCGGGCACCACACAGGAGUCGGACAUGAAGCCCAAGGAGUUGGGCACCAAACCGGCUUGGGUGGGCAUCACACAGGUGCCGGACAUCAAACUGACUUGGCUAGUGGCUUGGCCGGGCACCACACGGGAGUCGGACAUGAAGCCCAAGGAGUUGGACACCAAACCGGCCUGGGUGGGCACCACACAGAAGUCGGACAUCAGACUGGCCUGGCUCCUGGCUUGACCGGGCACCACACAGGAGUCGGACAUGAAGCCCAAGGAGUAGGCCACCAAACCGGCUUGGGUGGGCAACACACCGGAGUCGAACAAAGUGGCUCGGGGGAGCCAAAUCACUUGUACAGGACUGAUGGACCUACUAUAGGCACUGAAACAAAGUUGACUGGGGAAGGGACUGGAGGUGGAUUGUACUAACCCACUAACCAGAUGUUCUUUUCUGCAUACUUAUCUCAUGGGUUAUGUGAGUUGUGUUCAAUAAAUAGGGACAAAUGAGAAGUCUUGGUGUUUUACAA